GUUUUGAGAACGCCUCAACCUUAAUUCAAAUCCGGUUUUAGGUACUGUGUAGGUACCUAGGUACAUGUAUGUAAAUAGUGGAAUGUCAGGUACAGAGGUACAUAAACUCUAUUCGAGGACCCCGCCAAAUAUCGACAGCUUGAACUACUUCCGUCUUCUCUCUACACUAAUUAAGAGCAUAUCUUCCUAACGAACCACCACUAUCACCGCUCUUUUCUCCUUCUUUUCCUACCACCUUAGUCAGCUUAUAUUAUCUCCUUUUUCUAUUUAUCUAUCAUCAACACCUAGACAGAUUAUCCCGUUUUCUACACCAUGUUCAACUGGGCAAAACAAACUUUGGCUAAUGUCGUGGGCACGGAAGAGCCCAUCUAUGGCGCUUCGGCCAUAAGAUCAGUCGCCGAAGAUGCCAAAACGACGCCGUAUACGGAAUUAACCAGGGAUGACAUGAAAUGGGAGGCUAUGGAAUCGACUUGUGUCGAAAGCCAAACCUUCUAUUUCAUGGCGGAUAGUGGCCAUUUAAAUUUUGCUCAGGUCAUUUACAGCAAUGUGGCCGGCAUCCGCACCACUUGCCAGUUCAACUGCAAGGUCUUCUACACAGACGGCUCGAAACCCCUAUGGAGCUCUUCGCCCUUGAGCCACGCCGAGUUCAGCGAAGAUAAAACAUGCUUUUUUGCCACCGAUUGCGCCGUAGAACUAUCAGGGGAUGGGAACUCCUACACAAUCAAGUCGAUGAACGAUCCUCAAUGUAUCGUCAAUCUUAAAAUAACAAAGGUGGCGCCUGGCUUCGUUGUCGGCAAGGAUGGCAAGAGCUUGUUCGGUACAGACCUAUCUCACCCGUGGGGUUCCAUGCGACAUGCGUUCUGGCCAAGGUGUUCAGCUGAGGGGAGCGUUAUGACGAAGAAUGGACCCAUCGACUUCAAAGGGAAGGCGUUCCUUUCCCACGCUCUGCAGGGUAUGAAGCCUCACCAUCUGGCAGCCCGGUGGAAUUUCCUCAACUAUCAAGGACCGACGUAUUCCGCAAUCCUAAUGGAGUUCACCACGCCACCAUCGUAUGGAACGACCGUGGUAGGCGUCGGCGGGAUUGCCAAAGAAGGGGAAAUUAUCACUGCUGGACCCAACUGUAGCGCCACACAUCUUAAGACAAAGCAGGACACUGAGAACGACUGGCCCGAGCCCACCGAUAUCAGAUUUACCUGGUCCGGUACCACAAAGGACGGAAAGCCCGUCGAGGCCGUUAUCGAAUGCGCUGUGGGCGAGCGAGUUGAUAGGAUUGACGUCAUGGCGGAAGUUCCUGGUUUCGUCAAGAAAAUUGUUGCCAAUGCGGCGGGAACUAAGCCAUACAUUUAUCAAUUUUUCCCCCAUAAUAUCCCUUCCGUGUUAAAGCUCAAGAUCGGGGAUCAAGAGAUUACCGAAGAGGGACGGCUGUUCAGCGAAGCAACUUUCAUAUCCGCAACGGAGUAAUUCGCUAGGGCUUAAAGUCAAGCAUAUUGCAUAUGCUUAAUGCCGACAGAAUGAGCAAGGCAGAGCAGCAACUAGCAUUGCUAUUAGAAUGUGGAUGCUUGGUUUAAGCGUUCCAUUCCAGCGGAGGGGUUUGGCUAUGCUAUAUUUGCUUUCCUCCAGUUAGCAUACGGUCAGGAUAUUGCAUCAGAACAAGUUAGGGAUACUAGAGUUCAUAGAAGUACAUGAUCACUCGUUGAGAUGCCAAGGUGUAAACUAUAUUCGGAUUCCACCAUUCGAAAUCAUGUACGAUCUAUAGGUUUUAGGUUGCAUUAAUAAGGAUACCUCAUGAAUACAAUCAUUGUUCUUGGAAGU